AUGGAACAACUAUGGUUGACCUUGAUGCUUGCGUUGUCCGUCAUCUUGGGACUGUCCAGCGGCGACUCAAACGCUGACCGCCACCGAACCAUUCACGUCAAGGCAGGCCAAAAGAUUCAGAAAGCAAUCGAUACCGCUUCUGCUGGAAGCGAGAUCGUUGUCCAUGCCGGCACAUACCGCGAGCAGCUAUUGAUCAAGAAAGAUGGCAUCAGUCUCUCUGGGAAGGAAGGAGCUGUUCUUGCUCCGCCUGACAGCUUCGUUCGAAAUGUGUGCUCAGGCGUGGCCGGGCCCGGCACUCAAGCUGGGAUCUGCGUCGCUGGAUCUGGCAUCAAGAUGGAUCCUUUCGUGACGGAGCAUCGCAAGGUCGUCUUCGUGCAGCGUGCCGUCGAGGGAGUGUCGGUGUCCGGCUUCCAAGUCGAAGGAUUUUCUGGAGCCAACAUUCUGGUCCUUGGUGCGGAUCACACUCGCAUCGCUGGGAAUACUCUCAUCGACGGACCAAUCUACGGAUUGCUGAGCUCCGGUUCUCGCUUCACGACGAUGGGUGAGAACACCAUCAGCUCGUCAGAUCCAGCGGCUCCCGGCAUCAUCGCCUCAUGCAUGGACAACUUCGAAGGAGCGUAUGGUGCCGGCAACGACAUCAGGUUCUACGUCAUCGGUCUUUGCAUCCAGACCAACGGCGCCGUGCUGCGCGAUAACGAUGUUAGUUACACAUGCCGUGCAGCGUAUGCUGAUCCGUAUGUGGAGGGUAUCCGACUCACUUCGAACCAUUUCGGUCCGUCGUACGAUGCCUGCAAAGCCUUCGCAUCGUAUGGGGUCACGCUGGCUGGAACGAUUAAUGCUCUCGUCGAAGGCAACACCAUUGAGCAGACGAGAAACAAUGGUCCUGCUGCUGGAGUGUGGGUGACUGAUGAUCCAUGUACUGAACCGUCGCUGGCUUGUCUCGCCAAUCCAGGUGCGACGGCCGUGUCGAAGGGGAACAAAGUAGUUGGCAACAAGCUGUUCGAUAACGAUUUGGAUCUUUGGAACAAUAGCACCGGCUCCGGCAACGUCUUCAAGAAGAACAAGUGCUCGACUUCGAUUCCGAAAGGCCUUUGUCGAAGGUAG